UAGCGUAUUUUUUCCUCUCAAUGCUCUGGCUUGAAAGAAGGCACAAGUAAAAGUUUCUGACCUAUCAAGCUGUCGAAGCGUGACGAGGGUCCCACUAUUUAUUUGUCCGUUUAAAGCACUGGUGUUUUCAAAGUAGAUCUACUUCUGCCGGUUAAGUGCAGUGUUUUCUCUCCCUGCUGUCAGCGGAUACCAGACUUAACAGUAUCACUUGUGUGUGGACGAAAUGGCUUCAUCUGCUCGCCCUAACCUCCCCAACGGAUUCCUGGGUGCUCAGCCCAAGUUCAGUGAGAUCAAGCUGAAGACAGACAGCCAUCCGAACGCGGAGUUCAAGGUCAUUGCCGAGAAUAACGUGGUGAUUAAAAUUAAGACCGGCGUACCGAUCAAGGUUGUGACCAAGCUUGUUCAAUGCCCCAACGACAAAGAAUUGAACAACUACGUACUCAUUCAACGCAAAGAUAAAGGCAGCGUCCGUUUCCACGUCGCCUUCCCCGAAAAUGGCUGGUACAAGUUUCAGAUCUUCGCCUUGGAGGAGAACUCUGCCACGGAGUCCCUGCCUAACGUCUACAACUACCUGAUCCAGGCGGAGCACAGCUUUAAGCCGGGCCAGCCGUACGUCAAGGCCUACACCAAGUUCUACCAGGACUACUGCCUCCUGGAGGAGCCUCUCUACCUCAACGCCAGCAAGCGGAACCUGGACAAAGUCCAGUUCAAAAUGAUCGUGCCCGGGGCGUACAAGGUGGCCGUCCACUGUGGGGAGGAGUGGUUCCACUUGGAAAAGAAGGGGGAAUUCUGGGAAGGUAAAGCCGACUUGCUCAAAUACUCUGGUAAAAAUAGCAAGGUCACAGUCAACGGAAACUAUGAAAAAGAUGGAAAUAGUUAUAGCGUCUUACUGGAAUAUACAAUCUAAUGUUAUGAACCUUGUGAAAAUAGAACCCAACUAUCAAGUCAUUAAAUUAGUCUUCAUCAAAAUCAUGGUUCAAUAAUUAUCAUUGAUUAGACCAUUGAAAUCAUCUUCUUGCCAUAAUGAAGCAUAUGCGUAUCAAUAGAUACAGGAGACAUUCUUAUCCUUAAUGUUGUAGGUCUUGCCAAGGGAAGUAAUUUUUUUUUUAAACAUUGUUUCAUUUGACGACGUUAAGGUUACCAAGGAAAUCCAUCAUAAAUAAAAAAAUUCUUGAAUUCUAUUUUGAUUAGAUGAAAAUGUGUACAUUAAAUUAAUAUUAAAAGCUAUAACAGCCUUAGAUUUGUUUCUCAAAAUAUUAUUAUUAAUAUCGUUAUUAUUUUUAUCAUUUAUCCAUUAAUACUUCAAUAAUUGAAUAAUUAACUUUUAUAUCAUAUAUGUUAUUAUUGACAAUAGACGCUAUACUCCGUAUUUUCACAUAGAAUCGUAUAGAUCUCUAUGUAUUUUUAUACUCCAUUUUUUUUUAUAGUUUUCAACAAUCAUAAAGGUAAAAACAGAACAGAUGUAUCAUUCUUGUCAGGCAUUGUAAUCCUCUGUGACAUUAACGAAUUUCGCUUCUCAAAUCGCAAUGUCGUUUUACAAUAGUCUUUAUUGUAGUGUUCUGCUUACACUUGCAUAGACUAUGCUUACAUACAUUUUUGCUUACACAGCUUAUGUAGUCAAAAAUCUUCAUACUCUUUUUUUUUAAACGAUCUGCUGGUGUGUUAAAACGGGGAGGUUUGCGAAGUGUAGUCAGCUUACAUUUUAGUCUGCGGUUUCAUAUGACUAAUUGACCAAUGAAAAGGGUUUUUAAUCAUUUAGCUAAUGAACCAAUGAAAAGGCUUUAAAUCAACGUCUAAAAAGAGUCAGGGGUUCUAAUCAAGAUUUGAUUCUUUUUUUUUUUUUUUCGGAUUCGGCAUUCUUGGGGCGGGGGGGGACAUUUGGUCCUCUGUGAAAGUAUGUCAUAUGUGCCCCAAAUGACGUAGGACACCUCGGUUGAAACUCCUAAGCUUUAUUAGUAAGAUAUAGAAACAAUAUAAAAAUGCAUCUAAUCUUCAUGUGAUAUUAAAAUUUUUUUUUUGUUAUUUAGUAAUUAAAAUUAAUGCCAAAAAUGACAAAAAUUUUUUUUUUAAUCUUCUUGCACUAGUCUUGUGGUCUGUGUUAAACCUGAAUGGCAUACUUCUGCCACGGAUAGUUUCUACAGUUCUGAAUAGCAUGCUAUCUUUAGCCGUCUUGACACUGGGUGCAAACUGACACACCAGGGAAUUUUUUUGUUAUUCAUAACUUUCCAAACUGCCUUGACAGGGUUAUAGCCCUGUGGCGGCCCUUUUCUCUUCUUGGCAUUCACCGAAGUUUGUCAAACACUAUGCAGUUGUUUUUUAUAUUUCUUUUUUUUUAGAGUUCUUGCUCGACCUACUUAUUGCGUUCAUUCUGUCACUCUUUCAUUCACUCGUUCACCCAAUCACAUAUUAUGGUUAAAUUUUACCUUGAGCCUUGCUUUUUUUAAAACAUAAUACUCUUACCCUUUCUCUCUCUCUCUCCCUCUCUCUCCCUCUCUCUCUCUCUCUCUUUCCCCCUCUCUCCCUACCUCCCUCCCUCUCUCUCUCCCUCUCUCUCUCUCUCUCCCUCCCUCUUUCUCUCUCUCUCUCUCUCUGCUGAUACAUUCCAACUGACAGUUUGGUUGCAUAUAUUUUCUAGUUCCAAAUCUUUCAUUUUUUUGUAGGUUAGUUUUCAGGUACACUUCCAGACAACUUUGUACACGAAGUCAGUUUUCUAUUUGAUUUAUGUACAUGUCCAAAAGUUGUACACAAUUAAAUUGAUUAUCGUCCAA